CUUUCAUAUUCUUUUUUUUAUCAUGGGUGUCGAUAUUGAAACUACUCAGGCUGGCGAUGGCCAGAACUUCCCCAAGCCCGGUCAGACCGUGUCUAUGCACUACACCGGCACCUUGACCAACGGCCAGAAGUUCGAUUCGUCCCGUGACCGUGGCUCUCCUUUCGUCUGCCAAAUCGGCGUUGGCAAGCUCAUCAAGGGUUGGGAUGAAGGUGUUCCUCAAAUGUCUGUUGGUCAAAGAGCCAAGCUUACCUGCACUCCCGACUACGCCUACGGUCCCCGUGGUGUUCCCGGUGUCAUUCCUCCUAACGCCACCCUUGUCUUUGACGUGGAGUUGAUCAAGAUUCAUUAAGCCUGAAAGAUGAAGAAGCCUUUAUACGACGGUGUAUGAACUUGCAGAAAAAUAAAGUAAAAUCAAGGAUGACACGCGUUAUCCUUGCAGUAACAUGAUUGGGCUGGCAAGAAAUUUUUUUCCACUGUGAAGUGAGCGGGGAAUAAUUUGGCUUGC